AUGUUUGAAAGACUGCUUCUUGGGCUGAUGGGUCUAUCGAGCGAUCUGAUCCAGGAGGAUCUGAAGGGACGUUUCCGGCUUGUCCCGGAGUACGAGGGCCCUGAGGAUCGAGUUCUAGUCGACGAGCUCUUACUUCUCGGGUCGACGUAUAAGUUCUUGAAUCGUUUCCUCGACGAGGUCAAAGAGAGAAAUCCUUACACAUUGGGGACCGGCAUGUAUCUGUCCGCGUUGGCCGAUGGUCUUGGAUCGAUUCUCUACGAUUUCCGAGAAACUCUGGCCACGUUCGAGAGCUAUCUCUUGGAGACGCCGACUGCAACCUUGAGUGAUCUCAGAAACGAUCUGAAUGAAUGGUUUGCGAUAUUCGACGCCUUGCAAGCCAGAAUUUUCGUCAUACACAACGAGAAGAAACACGGCUGUCACUUGUUGAAGUAUGUUUACUCGGAAACGAAAUCAUGCGGUCAAGAAACGGUCCGCCAGCGACUCGAGACCCUAUUCAAGCGAUGCAACAAGGUCUUGUUCGACCAAUUGGCUUCGUGGCUACUUUACGGAAUUCUGAAAGAUCCCCAUUGCGAAUUCUUUAUCCGACCGGACCAAGAUGGUUUCGGAGUGGUUGACGACUUCGUACCCCCUUAUCUCACCGAACACGCCUCGACCAUCAGACAGAUUGGCUGCAUCGUUGCGAAGUUCUACGAAGAGAGUUAUUUCGAGAAAUCCAUUUACGCAGAGAAGGAGGACGAAUAUCUGAGCAAGCUGGAAGCCGCUUGUGAAGAUCUCGACAUGUUGAGUCCGGUGAUCGCAUCGUUGAGUGCCUUUACCUCAGACUACCUCUGGGAUCAACUCGUCGUUCAACAGAGACUCGAAUAUCAUCUCGAAGCGAUUCUGAAGACUGUUUUCAUGGGACGAGGUGAUUUGAUCCUGCAGUGGAUGAAUAAAGUCCAGCAGCAUUUCAUCGUUCCUUUCGAGGAGAAUCAUCUAAGUAUUGCGAGCGAAUGUCUGCGAAACUGUUUCUACCAGGCGUAUCCUGACGAAGACAUGGAAUUCAUCGAACGCAUCCGUUUUGUGACUAGCAAGAGCGACGCCACGGACACUUGGAGUCUUCUGAUGCUCGUCUACGAUCUACCUCCGGACCUUCACUGCCUUCUCUCGGCCAGAGAAGUUCGAUCGCUGGGCUACGCGUUCCAGAUGCUCCUGGCCGUCAGACGGGCCGAAUUGGCCUUGAACUCGACCCUGGGAUCAAGGCUGAGUCCUCAGGCGAUGAAGCUCCGAUACGAGAUGGAGUUCUUCGUCAGCAAUUUCGAGAGCUAUCUGCACAUGGACGUUCUGCACAUCAGUUUCAACAAGCUCCGGGGCGUGCUCCACGGUUCGAGGAGUUGCGAUGCACUGAAAAAAGCUCUGAGCCAUUUCGUGCAAGACGUUACGUGUAUGAUGUUCGUCAGUCUGCCUCGCUUCAAGGAGACCCUUCUCAAAGUGUUUCAGACGUGUCUCCGUUUCCCGAUGUACAUCAACGCCGAUCUCCGAUCAAUCGAACAAGAAUUCCGAUCUCAACAAGAUAUUCUCCGAAGAUGUUUCCAGGUGCUCCAAGAGCACACGACCAGCCAACUCGAUAAACGUAACGAAUGCAUCAUGCGCUUCCUGUACAGGCUAGAUUACAAUCAACAAUAUCAAGCGACUCGACGGGAAGUCAAAGCUAUCGGAGACAAACUCAGGGGCGCUAAUGGCAGCAGCAGCAGUAGUAGCAGGAACUGAAAGCAAGCUCGAGCCUCUCCGUUAUCUCCAAUCUCGGACAUGUGAUUAUUCAUGAUUAUACACGAUUAAACUGGGUCUCUAUGUAAAUAAAAUCUGCAUUGCGCGUGGUGGACGAUUGAAUGUCAGUAA